GCUAGACUGCAGCUAGACUGCCAGUGGUUGUACUGUAGAGAAUAAAAUCUAGAAAAUAAAUUUGUAAUAUUUUUCCUGAAAAUUGCCCUAACAAAUUUUACCUUGCUCUUCUUUAACGCGGACCUCCAAUAUGGAGUGUGUCGACAAGCUUCUUCUUAACAACUAAACAACUAAAAAAGCAUACUUGAUAUUUUGUGUAUGUGUUUUCUUUUUAAUAUUAAAAACCUUUUUAAGAACUUUAGCACAAAUUUUCCUUAAUCACUUUUGGAAGGUUGGGGUAUUUAAUGAUAAUAAAGGCUAUUGUAAUGGUUAUUUCCUGUAGAUCAAUACAGCAGUACUAUAGAUCAGUACCAAGAGACCAUGACGUUCUCUUAUUAUAUCAUGGUCUCUUGUCAGUACUAAAAGAGCUAAAGGUGGUCGCUAGACGCCUCUCUUUUGAGGUUUGAGCGUAUUUUGGCAAGUUCGAUAAAAAAAAAUCAAAAUAACUCCAUAUGAAAGCUGGAUAACAUGCUAUACGGUGGCUCAUCCAAGCCACGGCAUUUUGGCUGCAUUGAUUAGAAUACUACUCGCCUAGACUAUUCACUAAUUACUAUAUUGCUAUUUGCUAUUCUAAAAUCGAUUAAGGGUUUUAAUCACUUGACCAAAAAUAAUUCUUGACCCAUUAAAUUUCUUGAUAUUUUGCAAAGAAAGUCGACGAUUCGCUGUUUUUUUUUUCGAUGGACGGUCUCAAAACUUCCUGUUUAUCAAUUGUGUAGCGCUACAAUACAAAUUUGGCUGAAAUAAAUAUGCUUUCAGAUGAAAAACCCAAAUAAAGCUGGAGAGCUUGCUACAAUAUGUUGAGAAUGGCAAAGUCAGCAUGGAGCACCCUAGGAACUGAGGAUACAUUCUCCUGAUACAAUUCUAUAUAAGAACAAAGGACACAACAAAACACUACUGACUCGACAUUAAUUCCGCUUUGUUAAGUCCUUUAUCCAACCAUGAAAAAUUCCUUAAAACUCUGAAUAGGGAUUAAACGACAAUAAUCAGGCGUCCAAUCGCCAAUACAAGGAGCCUUUGUGUGUGUUUGUAAAGCUUUUUCAUUAAGGAUGAUUAGCGAAGGCUAACAAAUACGGUUAUGAACAGCGAGUAAAAACACAAAUCAGAAGCAACUUAAAGCAAACGUAAAUUAAGACGCAAAGUGUGACAGAAUGGCUCCACUACUAUUGUCACUCCUCCCUUUUCUGUUUGUGUCCCCUUCAUUGUCAGGUAAGGAAGCAGUUUACCGCCUUAUUGGACGCAGAAAGGGCUGAGAAUCAAGCUUCUUGUUUUUAAAUAUUUGAUGUACAUAAGUACAAUAUUCAUACUUGUUAACGACACAUUUAACAACUUCUUCUAACAUACUGACAACUUCUUCUAACCUUGCUAAACAAAAUGCAGUAAGUGUGUAUGAACAUAACACGACAUAGAAUUGUAGAUUACAGAAAAAAAUAUCGAGAUUCGCAUAAUACUUCAAAUACACUUGUCAGGAAAAUGAGAGAUCAAACACGUGGACCAUACAGAGGACGUGGAGCACAGACUCCUGAAUGACUUAUUCAAAGACUACAACAAGGAGGCACGUCCUGUACUGAACAAGAGCGAAGCGAUCGAGGUUCAGUUUGACAUGGCCUACGCCCAGCUUAUCAACCUGAACAGCAAGGACCAAAUACUGCAGAGCAAGGUGUGGUUUAGGCAGAGAUGGGUGAAUCCCUUCCUCACCUGGGACCCAAAAAUGUACGGCGGGCUGACGUCUAUCAACGUGAACCCCAACAUGAUAUGGAAGCCGGACAUUGUCCUUUACCACAAUAUCGGAUUCGGCGAAACUGGUGCCAUCUACAAAUUUGACACACGUGCGACAAUCAUGCAUAACGGCUACACAGAGUGGUUUGCGCCAACAGAGAUCCACAGCAUUUGCGCAAUCGACAUCACCUACUUCCCAUUCGACGAGCAGUUCUGCAAGAUGAAGUUUGGGUCGUGGAGUUACUCGGGACGUCAGCUUAAUUUAACGAGCAAAGGGGAUUCUGCUGACCUUUCCAAGUAUACGAAGAGCGGGGAAUGGGACCUACUGGGCAUGCGCGCUGUAAGGAACGUGGUCAAGUACAGCUGUUGUCCAGACCCCUUCAUUGACAUUACGUUUACUAUGCACAUCAGAAGAAAAGUCUUAUUUUAUCUGACAAAUCUUAUAGCGCCGUGUAUUGUCCUAGCGACAUUGACAGUGUUCUCGUUCCAGCUCCCUCUCGAGUCUGGAGAACGCAUAGGACUGGUGAUAACAAUCUGGCUCGGUUUGACUGUGUUCAUGCUCGUGUUUACCGAGAAUGUGCCUAGGACUUCCGAAGUGAUCCCGCUGAUCGGCAAGUACUCUUUCUUGGUCAUGUGCGUUGUUUCGUGCUCGCUUAUCGUCACGUGCUGUAUACUGAAGGUUUUUAACAAGGAUCCCAACAUCAAGAUGUCCAGCUGGUUCAAGAAACUAAUCUUCAAGGUGCUUGGUCCCCUCUUGAUGAUGAAGCCACCAAAAAACGACGAAUCAUCAGCUACGAGAGGCGAUAAAAUACGCUCGCUUCUUUCUCGGGGAAAGCUUAAAGGCACACACUUAGAAUUGAAAGAUCAGGUUCCAUACAAAACAGAUCAACGCAUGCGAGUAGACAACGGUCACGUUUAUCAAUCAGUCAAGAAAUCGGAGUCAGCCACUGUGGUCAGCAACAGCCAGGAACAGCUAGAUGAGCUGUUGCACUAUGUCCGCGCAAUGGCGGAGCACUGGGCGGAGAGAGAGACAAACGAACACGUGUCAGGCGAGUGGCGGUAUGCUGCCACUGUGCUUGAUGCAGUGUUCUUCCGCGUGACAUUUGUUCUCAUCUUGGGUUCGACGUUAGCCUUUUAUUUUAUGAUUCCAAGCGAAGUGCGAUCUUUUUAAAGACUCUGGAUCCAACUUGCCUGACGGUCUUUGAGUAUUUAAAACUCUGAUUAUUUUACAAAAUUUAACUAUCCAAGCAUUAUUGUUUACUUUAACAUUAAACUUUAACUUUUAUUGUAGGAUCGAUUUAAUCCUAAGCGAUUCAAAGUGGAUAUGAUUUGCUAUAAUGAAAUGUACAUUUCGUAGAUCCGUCACACGAGUCGGUACCAGGUGAAAUGCUUAUUUUUCAGAUUUGCGUCCUCGACAAGGAAGUGACCAGUGUCAGGGUUUACUCAAGAAAGUUUGCGUAGAUGUUGUUUAAUUUUUGAAAGAAAACAAUGGUCUUGACGCCCAAUGGAUAAAACAGCUUAAAAGAGAUGGGGGUGGGGGUUUGACGGCAAAUGGGUAACCCUGCUGGCAGAGCUUUCUUCCUGUUUUUGUUCCAUCAGUUCACUUGGGGUUGAGAGAGGGGUUCUGUGGGCGGCAGCCUGCUAAGGUGUCCAUAAAAUAGCGAGAGAGUUGGCUGUACAUUCCGUUACUUUAGCCAGGCAGACGCGGCAUUCAUCACAUGAUUGCAUCAAUUUUAUUGGACUUCCCAUAAAACAACAACUGAUACAAAAACUGAAAUUUGAUGUUGGCUCGUAUUUAGGAUACCAUACUACUGAUAGACUAGGUCCAGAACAAAAAUAUUAAAUAAAAUGUUAGUUAACCUUUAUAAAUAACCAUUAAAAGGAAUAAAUAGAGUUCAAAGGA